AUGGCUCAUGACUUCCUUCUCUUCCUCUUAUUCUCUUACAUUAUAUCUACAAAUAUUCAUGCCUGCAAACAAACUGAACGCAGCUCCCUCCUGUCCUUUGCCUCAACUCUCUCUGCUCCUCCUUUAAUAAAUUGGACAUCACUUGAUUGCUGUCACUGGAAGGGCAUCGCUUGUGAUCAAGAUGGUUGGGUCACGCAUUUGCUCUUACCUUCCAAAGGGCUCAAAGGAGGUAUCUCUCGCUCUUCACUUGGAAAUUUCACACAUCUCACCCACUUGAACCUUUCCCACAAUUCACUAUAUGGUUCACUUGAAACAAAGUUCUUCUUGUCUUUGAAUCGACUCGAGUUCCUUGAUUUGAGCUAUAACCACCUUUCUGGAGAGCUACCACUUUCUCUACCAUCCAGUAAUAUUCGAAUAGUGUAUUUGUCCAGCAAUUACUUUCAUGGAGCAAUUCCAUCUUCAUUCUUCCAACAAGCAAGCAACUUGACAAGUUUUAAUGUCAGCAACAAUAUCUUCAGAGGGCUCUUGGAUUUUUCUUUCAAUGUAUUCAAUGGAAACCUUGCUCUUGGGUUAGGGGAGUGUUCUGAACUGCAGGUUUUUCGGGCUGGUCACAAUAACCUCUCAGGUUUAUUUCCAGAAGACAUCUAUAAUGCUACCAAACUUGAAGAAAUUGCAUUACCUCUCAAUUCACUACGUGGAGCCAUUAGUGAUAAAAUUGUCAACCUCACCAACCUUGCAAUCCUUGACCUCUACUUUAAUCAAUUCAGCGGUGAGCUUCCUUUCAAUUUGGGAAAACUCUCCAAGUUGAAGUUUGUGACCCUUGAUUUCAACAAUUUAGAAGGUGCUUUGCCUCCAUCUUUGAUGAAUUGCACAAACCUUAUAGAACUACGUUUGGGAUCCAACAAUUUAGAAGGAGAUAUCUCCAUGCUUGAUUUCUCCAGACUUAGUCAACUUACUAAACUUGACCUGAGGCUCAAUAACUUCACUGGUACAUUUCCAAUAAGCAUUUACUCAUGUACGUCCCUAAAAGCCAUUCGGUUGACUGGAAAUCAUUUAGAGGGACAAAUAAAAGUUGAGAUUCUUUCAUUGAAAUCCUUGUCCUUCAUCUCGCUUGGUUUCAACCAAUUCACUAACCUGACAGGGGCAAUGCAGAUAUUGAUGAGUUCCAAAAGCCUUCAAGCACUCAUGCUUAGUGGUUCCUUUGAAGGUGAGGCAAUGCCAGUUGGUGAUGACAUGGUUCAUUUUGACGUAUUCCAAAAUCUUCGUUUAUUGAGUAUGGCCUAUUGUCAGCUCACCGGUCAAGUACCUAUGUGGUUAUCAAAGCUGAAGAAUCUAGAGAUCUUGCAACUGGGUUUUAAUCAAAUCACAGGGCCAAUUCCAAGUUGGUUGGGGACUCUUCCCCGACUAUUUUAUAUAAGCUUGCAAAACAACCAAAUUUCAGGUGAAUUUCCAAAGCAACUUUGCAGACUACCAAGGUUGCUUUAUGAACCUAAUAUUGCAUCUCAAAUGGACAACACUAGUUAUAAAUUCGAAUUGCCUUUCUUCUUGGGCCCCAUAAUCUCAAACCCAAGUUAUUAUCUAUGGUCGACGUUGUCUUCUUAUCCAGCAACGAUAGACCUAUCCGAAAAUAACAUUGUUGGUGAUAUACCUAAUGAGAUCGGCCAAUUACAACUUCUCCGGCAGUUGCGCCUUGGCUCAAACAACUUCUCCGGCAUCAUUCCAAACCAAAUAUCUAACCUCAUAAAUUUAGAGGCUUUGAACCUUUCCAUGAAUCAUUUGUCUGGAAAAAUGCCAUCCUCAUUGGCAACCCUUAAUUUCUUGAAAGAUUUUGAUGUCUCAUACAAUAAUCUCCAAGGACUAAUACCAACAAGCACCCAGCUCCAAAGCUUUGAUGCUUCUACCUUUGAGGGGAAUCCCAAACUUUGUGGUGCCCCACUUCCAAAUAAGUGUGGUCGACCAAAUAAGGUUGUUGAUGAAGACAAUAACAACAACAAAGACGAGGACAAUGGGCAUCGACUUCCAUGGUUUAAUAUUUUUGUUGUCUUGGGGUUCAUAGUGGGAUUUUGGGGAGUUUGCGGUUCUUUAGUUAUUAACAGUACAUGGAGAUACACAUAUUUUCAAUUCAUAGACUAUACACAAGAUAGUCUCUAUGUGAUGAUAACAGGGCGCAUCAUCGCAAUGAAAAGAAGGUUUAGAGGUUAG